AUGGCGACUUUAGAUGAAUUUAUCCGAUCUUCUGAUAAGGUUGUAGAAUUUGAAGCCUUUUUCUCUGGCACCGCAGUUACUAAUCACACAGUACACACCCUUGACAUACAUAUAGAUGAGAUUCUUCGACACUGGUCAAAUUUUAGGGCAGCCUAUGAUAAGAUUCUGCAAAAUUAUAAUUCUGUACAGGAAAAUAUCAGUGUAGAAACACUAAAGGAAAGAUUCUUUAAAACUUUUGAUUCCCAUGUUCGAGCAUUGUCUAGGGCCAAUGAGAUUUUAGACUCCCUCCGAAAUAGUAAUAUCCCUGCUGUCACACCCCCUACACCUGUAGCUGAUUCUAACCCUAACAUAUCUUUACCCCCAUGUGAUACGCAAACUUUUUAUGGAGAUUAUGUCUCUUGGCCCCCCUUCCGUGAUAUGUUUACGGCCCUUUACAUUAACAAUUCCCGAUUGUCCCCUGUUGAAAAACUAUUUCAUUUACUAAAAAAGACAGAAGGCGAACCCCAUGAGAUUUUAAAGAAUUGUCCACUCACAAAUGAUGGUUUCAAUAUGGCGUGGACCAACCUUGUCGAACGAUAUGAAAAUUCCCGUAUUCUUGUUAAUUCACAAUUGAAAACUCUGUUUAACUUAUUGAAUAAUCCAAUUUCUAAAGAAUCUGGUCGCUGUAUAAAACAACUCCAACAAUCAAUUAACGAUUGCUUCGCGGAUAUACGAACUACUUCGUCUGAUUCUCAAAAUAACUACAAGAAAUAUAAUCCGAGGAAACAGAUUCCCAAUAAUUCUAAAAAAGUUAAUACAUUUCAAACAAAGGUUAAAACAGAUAAGCCUCUAAAAUGUCCACUUUGUCAAGAACCACAUCCCUUAAGGUUUUGUCCCACUUUCUUAUCAAUGUCAAGUGAAGAUCGAUAUUCGUUGGUUAAAAAACAAAGGCGGUGUACUAACUGUCUAGCAGCCUCACAUGAUCAUAAAUCUUGUAAAAGUCAAUUCAGAUGUUCAUUCUGUAAACAGAAACAUCAUUCCCUCUUACACCGUUCCGAAAAUCAACCUGUAACCCAACUAGCUAACAAUAGAUCCUUUAAUGACUACUCAACGAAUAAUAAUAACCAUAAUCGCGAUUCACACCCCUCACAAACCGUCAGCAAUCCUCCUGAUAACCCCGAAACUUCAGCUGCUGCAGCAGCAAGAUCACGUCAAGCAUAUUCAACCCAACUACAGUCCACAACACAUAACUCUGUUAUUCUUGGAACAGCUUUAGUUGAUGUUUGUGUAGGUGAUGUGCGUUGUACCGUAAGAGCUUUUAUUGAUUCAGCCUCUGAAGCCACCUUUAUCUCUAAAAAACUCCAAGCUUCUCUGGCAAUCCCCACAAAAACUUCUCAUACUAAUAUAACAGGUCUUAGCGGUUCUCUAUUUGCUACUGCAACUCGAAUUUGUACUAUUACCAUAAGUUCACCUCUAGAAAAACUCUUUACAACUACAACUGAUGCAUUUGUUGUGAAUAAAUUAACAGGAAACUUACCCUAUUACGAACUUUCUUCUAUUAUGAGUACUAAGUUUUCUGAUCUACCCUUAGCUGAUAGCUACUCUUCUAAAACUUCGAAUGUUGAACUUUUGAUAGGUUGUGACGUUUACCCUAAAAUCCUUAGAGAUGGUAUCCGUUGGGAUUACAAUAAAUCACUUGUUGCUCAGCGUACCAUUUUCGGAUGGAUAAUCUCUGGAAAAUUACAAUCUCCUACCCCCCUUCUUAACUCUGUUUCAUCAUAUAUGAAUCUUAUCGAUCUAAACUCACACCUUAAUAAAUUCUGGAAACUCGAAGAAGUUCAGGAAAAACCAGCCCAAUCUGAUGAAGAUAUCUUUUGCGAAAAUUUAUACAAAAAUACAACCUUUAGAAACGAAAAUGGUCGUUUCGUUGUUUCCUUGCCCUUUAAAUCCGAAUAUUCUAAUAAUAUUCCCCUUGGUAACUCUCGCAACUCUGCAUUAUCACAAUUUAUCAGAAAUGAGAAUCGACUAAAGAAUAACCCUGAACUAAAGCAUGAUUACGACCAUGUAAUCCGAGAAUAUUCAAUAUUAAAUCAUAUGAUGGCCGUAAAUCUCGAUUUAUCUAAACCCUCUAACUCAUCAUACUAUUUACCCCAUCACUCUGUACUCAAACCCGAAUCUACAACCACUAAACUACGUGUUGUAUUCAACGCCUCUAACCCCACUACGUCAGGACUAAGUCUAAAUGACGUCUUAUACCCCGGACCAGUUUUACAACAAGAUUUAACUGUCCUUAUAACCCGUUGGCGAUUGUUUAAAUAUGUUUUUAAUGCCGACAUCGAGAAGAUGUAUCGGCAGAUACUUGUUAACCCACAACAUACCCCAUUUCAAAGGAUUUUAUUCCGAAGUUCUCCUGAAAAAGAACCCCAAGAUUUCGAGCUACAGACCGUAACAUUUGGAGUUAACUGUGCUCCAUACCUAGCCUUGCGAACUCUUCUCGAACUUGCUAAAUGCUGUAAAAACGAUUAUCCCGAAGUCUAUACCAUACUACAAGAGAAUAUGUAUGUCGAUGAUGUACUAGCAGGAUCCCAUGACCUUUCUUUAGCCUUAAAAUCAAGAGAUAACUUAAUUAAAAUCCUAAAUUCUGCUGGAUUCCCUCUUCGUAAAUGGAUUUCAAACGAAAAAUCCCUACUUAAAGGCUUACAACCCGAGCAUUUACUUAUGUCUGAUACAUUAGAGCUUGAAGACACAGUUACAACUAAAACCCUAGGACUACGCUGGAAUGCGAGUCAAGAUUACUUCUAUUUUAACCCCAUAUCUCAGCCAAUCCGAAAUAAUAUUACUAAAAGAACCGUCUUGUCAGAUAUUGCAAGGUUAUUUGACCCCGCUGGAUGGCUAGCCCCAAAGAUCAUUGUUGCGAAAAUGAUAAUGCAACAGAUCUGGAAAGAUCAAAUCGAAUGGGAUGAUCCACUAAAGCCGGAAACUUUGCGUAGUUGGCUUUCGUUUUUAGACGAUUACCCAUACAUAAGAAGGAUAAAAAUACCCCGAUUUGUUAACUAUAAGCCCUUAUAUACGGCAGAACUUCACGGUUUUUGUGAUGCUUCUGAAAAAGCCUAUGCUGCUACCUUAUAUAUUCGAACAACAAACGAAACAGGUCAUAUAUCUACUCAUUUACUCUUAGCCAAAACUAAAGUUGCUCCAGUAAAAUUCAUUACUCUUCCCAGAAAAGAAUUAUGUGGUGCUGAACUGUUAGCCAAAUUAAUCUCAACAUUUCUAGCUCAAGUUAAUUUUAAUAAAUGCAAUCUACAUCUCUGGACAGAUUCAACUAUUGUGUUAUCAUGGCUUCAAAAACAUCCCUCGCACUGGACCACUUUCGUCGCGAAUAGAAUCACAUCUAUAGUAGAUAAAGUUGGAAAUUAUAAAUGGCGUCAUGUUUCUUCAAAGGACAACCCAGCUGACUUAGGAUCUCGAGGCCUUGCUGCAAGCGAAUUGGUACGAAAUGAUUUGUGGUGGCAUGGACCAACUUGGCUUAAACAUCCUAGGUCCGAAUGGCCUUCAACAUUGCCCGUCGUAGAUACACAGGAAGAAAUUAGACCCGUAAAAACUCAUUUAAAUCAAAACGUUGAAGAUAUUUUAAACCGUUUCUCUGAUCUUUCUCGUGCCAUGCGUAAAAAGCAAAGUCAACAACUCAUGGCUUCACUUCCCCCUGAACGUACAUUCCUUUCACGUCCUUUCUGCAACACCGGUGUAGAUUUCGCUGGCCCAUAUAAUAUAAAGUCAUUUGCCGGUCGCGGAUGUAAAAUAACCAAAGGUUAUGUUCUAGUAUUUGUUUGCUUUGCUACGAAAGCAAUUCAUUUAGAGGCCACCAGUGAACUUUCAACUCAAGCCUUCUUAGCAGCAUUCUCCCGUUUUUUCUCCCGCCGAGGCACCCCACAAGUUCUAUUCUCUGAUAAUGGCACUGCAUUUAUAGGCGCAGCCAACAUAUUCAAUAAAACCCAAGAAAAUCUCUUAUCCCAAGUACGAUCUAACAUCCUGUCUCAAAAUGCAUUUCAAAACAUCGAAUGGCGUUUUAACCCCCCUGGAGCUCCUCACAUGGGAGGACUUUGGGAGAAUUCACCACGAUGCUUGCAAGAAUCGAAGCGUGUCUUAACUCCAGACCAUUAA